AUGAGACAGUUCCUGACUCACAGAGCCACAGAGAUGAACCACCACAGAGUAACCUAUGCAGAGGUGAAGCUGGCGAAGGGCUCGAAGAGCCCCCAAGUGAAACCUCAAGAGAGGAAAAGCUGCACUACAGAGACCGAGCAGGGAAUAACCUACACAGAAUUAAAUCUCCACAAAUCCCGGGGUCCUCAGGAGAAUGGCAAGUCCCGUCAGUGCAAAGUCUCCAUCUCUCUCCCCGCAGGCUCACCGGCUCCUACCGAGAAGCUCAUAGCUGGGGUUCUGGGAUGUGCCUGCCUUGUGUUGAUAUGUGUUAUUGUAGCUUUGAAGAUUAAAAUCAGAGUUUUGCAAAGCAUAGCAAUAUUUUCAUGGAUUGGAGUCUAUCGAAAUGGCCACGGUCAGCCAUGGACGCUGGUAAACAGGUCAACUUCUCAAUUACAUUGCGGCCCUUGCCCACAGGGGUGGUUCACCUACUCCCGCAGCUGCUAUUACUCUAGUGCAGAGAAAAAGACCUGGAACGAGAGCGUGUCAGCCUGUCAGAGAAACAACUCUCAGCUGCUCCUCAUAGACAAUGACGAAGAAAUGGGGUGGCUCACGUACUCCAACAGCUGCUAUUACUUCAGUCCUGAACCAAAAACCUGGAACGAGAGCGUGUCCGACUGUCAGAGAAACAACUCUCAGCUGCUCCUCAUAGACAAUGAUGAAGAAAUGGGAGCCAGGGGCGUGUGCUCUGAGGCAACAGUCCUGAGCCCCACAGCCACCCCACAGGAUGACCCAAGCAGGCACAGUCCAUAG